GCUGAAAGUUGCGAAGUAAUUCGCGCCAAUAGCGAAUGUGGAGUGCGGCGGGUAGCGCACGCGCGAGGCCACUCCGCACGCUGCUGCCGCCGCGGCCGCUCACGCCACACGAAUACAUCGCUGAUCGCGAUCGCGAUACCUCGCUACUUCGUACACCGUACCACGCAAGUAUGCCAAGUUGGCACGAAGUAUGUGCGGUGUAAGUGCUGCAAGUGCGAGGCAGGCGCGUGCAGGGCGAGUGCGGUGAGCGCGCGAUGCGCGUGCCCGUGCGUGCCCGCGUUCCCGCCGCGCGAUGAGCGCGCCCCGCUACACGCGCUGUCUGCACGCGCACGCGAUUGUUCUGCUGUUGCUACGAGUUCUACCCACCACAGUGGCACAGAACGAGCGCACCGCUAUCGAUAGAUUGGAAAACGUAACUCAUACGGUCACACGAAUACUCGACGGAUACGACAUUCGGUUGCGGCCUAAUUUCGGUGGAGACCCGCUCUAUGUUGGCAUGGAUCUAACUAUUGCUAGUUUUGACGCAAUAUCUGAAGUGAAUAUGGAUUACACAAUAACCCUUUAUCUGAAUCAAUACUGGAAGGAUGAAAGGUUGGCUUUCGGUCUUCCGGAUGAGGUAUUGACGCUCUCGGGGGACUUUGCCGAUAAGAUUUGGGUGCCCGAUACUUUCUUCGCUAAUGACAAGAAUAGUUUCCUGCACGAUGUGACGGAGCGAAACAAGCUGGUGCGGCUCGGCGGAGACGGCAGCAUUACGUACGGGAUGCGGUUCACCGCGACGCUCGCCUGCAUGAUGGACCUCCACUAUUACCCCCUGGACAGCCAGAACUGCACCGUCGAGAUUGAAAAUGGAUACACUGUGUCCGAUGUGGUGAUGUACUGGAAGGAGACGCCCGUCAGAGGAGUAGAGGACGCAGAACUCCCACAAUUCACUAUACUUGGACAUGAAACAAAUGAUAGAAAGGAGAAGUUGGCGACGGGCAUCUACCAGCGUCUGUCGCUCAGUUUCAAACUGCGCAGGAACAUUGGCUACUUCGUGUUCCAGACCUACCUGCCCAGUAUACUUAUUGUGAUGCUGUCCUGGGUAUCGUUUUGGAUCAACCACGAAGCUACGUCUGCUAGAGUUGCGUUAGGUAUCACAACGGUACUCACGAUGACUACGAUAAGUACGGGAGUGCGUAGCAGUUUGCCUCGCAUCUCCUACGUCAAAGCCAUAGACAUCUACCUAGUGAUGUGCUUCGUGUUUGUAUUCGCGGCGCUGCUCGAGUACGCCGCCGUCAACUAUACGUACUGGGGCGCACGAGCACGGAAACGAGCCAAGUUAAAGAACAGAGACCAAUUGUCCACUAGCGCCAGUGUUGAGAAGGAAUUGAAAUGUUCAGGUUCCCGUUCCCCAGAAGAGAUAAUUGCACUGCGAGAAUGUGCAACGACUGCGGGUCGCGUGUCUCCUCUUCUAGGGCUGCGGUCGAAGCCACUACCACCUGCCACCGGAGCCCCGCCGUCCCUACGACUACAACGCGACCACACCCAACUGCGAUACAGAACGAGACCACAUUCUAGAAACUCCAGAAACGGAUCUACGGGAAAACCUAAAGUGAUGCACGCACUCCGCCGAGGCGCGACCGUCAUAAAGGCGUCUAUGCCAAAGAUACGAGAUGUCAACGUAAUAGACACGUACUCCCGAGUCGUGUUCCCAGUCUGUUUCCUCCUCUUCAAUGCCGUCUACUGGGUAUUUUAUAUUUUCGAUUGAAUUUUCCAAAAUGACAAACAUUAUCCUCAAUAGUGUUUUAUGUAAUUGUCACCCUACUCGUAAUUAAUCUAACGAAUUUAUACGAUAUGUAUUAAAAAAAAAGACAUUUAUUUUACGUUUUGUGAGGAAGUCAUUUAAAUAAUACUUUAUGAGUGAAUGUGAAGUAAACAAGAUAUGUAUGUAAAAGAUGUGCUUUUUGUGUUCUAAUUAUUUCAAAAGGUUCAUUUAAUGAACAUAUUUUGGUGAUUGAUUAUAAUUGUUACUAAAAGAAAGUCGUUUAAUAGAAUAUGUGCCAAAAUAAUGUCCUUGUAGGACAAAAUAAAAUAUAUGUAUGAACCUGGUUAAGGUUGAAGAAGGAACAUUCCAUUUAUGAACGUUGACUUAACAGGCCGAAUAUAAUUUAAUCGAUUGGGUACGAAUGUUGACGUUCAUCGAUUUAAAACUAGUAGUAUUGAAUGUGGGUAGAUAAAUAGAAUAUCGCAAUGUUAUUACUCGUAAUAUUGAAACUGCCAAUGUUAUGUCUAUAAGAAUAAAAAAAUAUCUUAUUGAUUUUAAUUAAAUCUUUGCUUGUCAGACAAGACAAAAUAUAAUUUAAAACAUAUGAUGCCAGUGCCAAUAAAGUUAUGUGUUAAAAAAAAAGAAAAACUGUCAUUUUGACGUUUAUUAAGUCAGUUUAGAUAAGUAAAACAUUAUUGACGUCACUUCCUAUCUUCAAUUCUUUUAAUAUAGGUAUAAAUGUAAGAUAGCCAUUUUCGAGAUCGUUGUAAAUAAAUUAAUUAUAGAAUGAACGUGGGAAAUUAUACAGUAGCACCAUUGAUGUUUAUAUUAGAGGGAGAUAGCAAAUUCUAGCUUAUUUAAGACAAUGUUGUAAAAUAAAAUUUAU